AACUCGCUCUUAAACAUGUUUAAAACAUGCCUAUUUAUUCAUCUUUUUUUUUUGUUUCAGUCUAGCAAAGGAAAACAAGCAACCAAAGGAAAUAAACAGGUCAUAGAAGAAAAUGUUGCUACUUUAAAGUUCUACCGGAAUAUGUGCAUAAUAUUCUCAUUUAUAUGCAUACUUUUUUCUUUCAUCUUCUAUGGAUCCUUCGGUGCCUUUCAUUAUGUUUUGUUAAUCGUAACAGUCUCUAUACAUUUGAGUAGUUAUUAUUUUAUGAUUUCAAUGAGUAAACCUCGUUACACAGAUAAUGGAGUUGUUCUGGAUUCUGGCAAUGAUUUAAACAUUGAAGGAGGCAUUGCUGAGUAAGUUAUAUAGAAUA